AUGGAAGACAACAUUGCUAUAUGCGGAGGAAUUGCAUAUUUUGCCGAACAUUUUGCCCAUGAAAAAUAUAAUUCUAUUUGGAAGAUGCCGUCCGUUUUAUUAACAGAUUCGCUUACCUUGGAAUUAGAAGGCCAGCAACAAUGGCCCGAAGACGUAAAACUUUACCAACAAGAUGAAAAGAAACAAAUUCUUUUACCGGAUCUUGCUAAUUGCUUAGCCGCUCAGGUUUUUCUCAAGAUCAAUUCACUUAAAUUUGAUGUUGUCAAUAAGUAUAAUUCUGAGUUUAUGUCACCUUCAGGAAAAUUACCCUUUAUCAAAUGUGGAGCAUUUGUUGUGGCUGAAUUUGAAUCAAUUGUAUCAUUUGUAAGUGCUAAAGGAAUUGGUGCAAGUCAAAAAAUGGAUAAACCAGAGUGGGGAGACAUGAGAGCAUAUAUGUCUUUAGUAAAUAAUGUUUUAUUAAAUGCAGAGCUUUAUAGUUGUUGGUUUGAAAAAGAUAUUUAUGAUUCAUUUACAUGGAAUCGAUACAGUUCCAUUUUCUCAUGGCCCUUAAAUUAUAUAAUUACAUGGCAAAAAAGACGAUCAAUUCUUAACAAAUUAGAUGUUUUAGGAUGGACUAAAAAAACAAGAGAUCAAGUUUUGGAAGAUGUAAAAAAUUGUUUUCAUAAUUUAUCGGAAAGAUUAAAUGGUAAUCCGUAUUUUUUUGGAAAUUUACCUACAGAAUUAGAUGCUUUAGUUUAUGGACAUAUUAUCAGUAUUUUAAGCAGUCCUUCAUAUUUUACUCAUUUGCAAUCAGUUAUAAAAAGUUUUACAAAUUUACUCGAAAUGUGUCACAGAAUAGAAAAUGAUUAUUUAAAAAAAUAA